GAUGGAGAACGUCAGGAUGGAGACCCCCAAGAGGAAGAAGAGGAUGAAGAACACCAGGAUGAGGAACAUCGAGUCGAAGACCCCCAGGAUAGAGACCCCCAAGAUGAAGAACAGGAUGAGGAACACCAGGAUGGAGACCACCGGGAUGGAGAACGUCAGGAUGAAGAACAGGAUGAAGAAGAACAGGAUGAGGAACAUCAGGAUGAGGAACACCAAGAUGAAGACCCCCAAGCGGAAAGAACAUCCAAGUGA